CUCAGAAGCAAUUGGCCUCCAUUACCAAGCCUAGCUCCUCGCCUGCUCCCAUUUCCAUCUCGGUCGACUCCUGCAGCUACACCUCUGCAUUUACGUCCAUGGAUACGGCCAAGUCCCUGAUCCUGUGCACAGUCCUUGCGGCGGGCCUCGCGCUCUCCGCCGCCGACUGGUCUCAGGGCACCGCCACGAACUACGGCGGAGCCGACGGCUCCGGCACCAUGGGUGGCGCGUGCGGGUACGACAACCUGUACAACGCCGGGUACGGCGUGCUCAACGCGGCGCUGAGCCAGACGCUCUUCAACGACGGCGCGUCCUGCGGCCAGUGCUACCUCAUCACCUGCGACGGGUCACGCCCGGGCGGCCAGUACUGCAAGCCCGGCAACAGCAUCACCGUGUCGGCCACCAACCUGUGCCCGCCCAACUACGGGCUGGCCAACGGCGGCUGGUGCGGCCCGGGGCGCCCCCACUUCGACAUGUCGCAGCCGGCGUUCGAGAACAUCGGCGUCUACCAGGCCGGCAUCAUCCCGGUCCUCUACCAGCGGGUCCAGUGCAAGCGCAGCGGCGGCGUGCGCUUCAGCAUCGCCGGCUCCAACUACUUCCUGCUCGUCAACAUCCAGAACCUCGCCGGCAGCGGCUCCGUGGCCGCGGCCUGGGUCAAGGGCGACAAGACGGGCUGGAUCCAGAUGUCUAGGAACUGGGGCGCCAACUGGCAGGCGCUCGCCGGCCUCGUCGGCCAGGGGCUCAGCUUCGCCGUGACCAGCACCGGCGGGCAGUACAUUCAGUUCCUCAACGUCGCGCCGGGGUGGUGGCAGUUCGGCCAGACCUACACCAACAACUACCAGAACUUCGCCUACUGAAACUUGCAAGCACGAGAGCGCUUUGUUUCCUCCACCAUUUCUUGCAAUUCGGUCGAAUGGCGAGUGCGCGCUCCUGGUUUUUUACGGGAGCUAGCUCAACUUGGCAUUGCAUCCUUGGUGACCGCCUGACAUAGCAUCUGUCCUAGCUAGGUGAUGCCCCGACUGCAAGAGGAGGUGCGCGCCAUGUAUAACUUCAAAUUUGGACCUUAAUUUAUUUUAUUUCUCUCAUAAUUUUUUCCUAAUGUUUUUAAAUGUAAUGGGAAUAUUGUGCCUACUGAAAUAUUGUGUUAGUUGAGUCUUACAUAUACAUGUAAUCUAUAAAAAUUAAAUGA